CAUGAAUAGAAGUCUGCGUUGUACCGAGUACUUAUGCAGGUUCCAGGAACAUGCUUUCUUGGUGGCUGACCAAAAUACACUAAACGAGCCAAGGUUGGCCGCAUAGAAUGCUAUUUUGAGUUGCAUCUCAUAGUCUAUGCAUGAUGCAGUGGCGGGCUUCUCACCACUAUUCCUCACUCUUUUCUUCCUCUCGACCGUUCGGCUUCGACGUUGGAUAAGGCCAUCUGCCAAACAGUUCUAUGCGAACGCUUACACCGUCUUAUACAGAGAAUAUAUAGAGAGGCUGGUAAUCCGACUCGACCACGAGCAUUUCUUGACGUGCUCUCUUGAUCUACCUCCCCCAGAAAUACCACCUUCCAUUCGCAGACCACGCGAUGAUCGAGGGCUCUGUGCUUUCUGUUUCGGCUCGUGCCUUGGAGAUCAUCCUCCAUGCAUCACCUCGGCCUGAGAAUGAACCAUGUCAAUAGUCGUGAUUAUUCCCACACGAUUGGGUUUAUUGGAUAAGUAAUAGCAACAAGCAUGUCAAUACAAUUGAUGCACUC